AUGUUUUAUUCAACCGAUCUUCUCGCAAAGCGGGAUAGUGGCUUUGGACUGCUCUGGCUAGCCGCAACGUUGGGAUCCAAAAGUACUCUGAAGAAGCUCACCAAAAAGAGCGUGAUGACGGCCGACCUUAGCCAGCUUUGCGAGAAUAUCGCUCAUCCAAGUGAACCUCUUGCAUUGCGCUUGAGUGCCACCCUUCUCACAGGUGCUGCACGCGUCUACAAGCUCAAACACGAGAUAUUUGUUACAGACGUGACAAAUGUUUACUCCUCUUUGAAAAAGGCGGGCGAUCUCGGUACUAUGCAACCUGUGGAUCCCAAAUCACUUGAAAUGAAGAAAGGCUCUGCGAGUGCCGAAAAGAUUACACUGUCUGUCAGCGAUGACCUGUUCUUGGACCUACAUUUUGAUGGAUUUGGCUUUAAUUGGGAUGUGACUAAUGAUGAGCAAGUCGUAGUGGAGGAAUCAUCCGAACGCUCUCGAUCCCUCGAAAUCAAUCGCGCCUUGCAUACAAUCGAUGAAAGUCACUUGCAAAGCUUCUCCUCUAUGGAAGACGGUGGCGACCCUCUCGAUCGGUUUGGCUUGGAUGACUUUGGGCAAGCCGAGAUGAUUGACCUGGAAUUGGAUUUAGCUUGGAACCUACCAGAAGAACCACAGGACGUCGAUAUGUUUAUUGAAGAGGGUCCUCCAGACCCCUUUGACGCGUAUCAGGAGAACGUAGCUGCGGAUCAUUUCAUGGAAUUUGUAGUAAAUGAGGCGCAACGACGAAUGGUCACGCCCACAAGAGAAGGCUCAAUGCCAGCGACACCUCGCUACGCAGGACGGAAGAGGCCCAGAGAUGAUGACUCUGAAGGCAAAGCUAAAGACGUUGAUAUAGACGAGGCCGCAAAAGGCUCAACGACUCCUCGCUCCAUUCUUUCUACCGCAAAGCCCUUGUCGGAUGUUGGGAAUGUCCUACGUGAUGGGACGCCUGCAGCCGAUAUCGAAUUUCAACCUCUAGAAGGUGAAGCAGAUCAAGCUCAACCUGACGCUACACCACAACUCACCAACGACGCCCUUCCGAGUCCAACAAAGCCCAAACAGCGCCGACCCAAGAAGCAAGUCAGAGUGCUCUUGGAUGCUCGUACAGAGUUGACAGACCAAGAACUGCGAGAUGCUCGAGAUAAUUACCUUGCGGAGCAAGCACGUUUGAGACAGGAAAUGGAGCAGAGCCAGAUGCAAAAGAACAUAGCUGAAAGAGCACACGAGCUGUUAUUCGGGCCACCGGACAUUCUCGAGGCGGAGCCGCUCAAGCAACUGUGGGCCAAUGUCUUUAUGGCACAAGUCGAGACCAAGUCUGGUGUAAUUACACUGGUGGAUGGCAAGAUUAAGAAGAGGCCCAAGAAGCGUAGAAGGCUGAAUGACGAUGUCGACGACGAAGCGGUACCACCUAAUCAGAAUGAAGUCAAUGAUUACAAUGGAGACGACGCACCGAUAGAAUUCGACCACGCGGGCUACGACGGGUUGGGAGGCGCUGCAGACGAGAUUGGUCAAGAAGCGGGCACGAGCCGCAUGAAUCUCUCAGAGGAGCCCGAGAUGCUUCGGAAUGCACCCUCUAGAGCAGCAUCCGUCGGAAGCCUUGAGAUGGCGCGUGGGAGAAGUGGACUAGAAUAUGAACCGAACCAGAGCGGGCUUCUUCCAUGGGAUAAUGCCGCACCUAGUUCUUCGCUCAAUGAGGCAUUCCGCGGAUCGAUUGGAGGGCAUAGUCAUCACAGCGUGGAGUUUCCUGUCAUGGACACAAAUAUCGAGCGAAGGAGUCUGAGUGGCAGUCGGAGAGACUCACCAGUUGCAAGUGGAAGAGAGUCUCCAGCGCUUCCGGCAUCCUUGGUGGACGGUGAAAACAACUUGGAUGAACUGGUCGAAACACAAAGGUCAGAAGCACCUUGGGAGAAGCUGGAGAAGAAUGCAAACAACUUUCUUGCGUUUUUGAAAAUGAAGGUAAACCUGGCAGGAAACGCAGGAGUGACAUUGGAUGACAUGGUCGGAUCCGAAAAGACGACGCAUAUCGCUGCCAGUGCGUUCCAUUGCUGUCUUGUCGAGUCAAUCAAUCGUAUGCGUUUCCUCGCUCGUCUUGGGAAAUCUUCGUCCAAGAACGGCCAGGGCGACAGCGAAAUGGGGCAAGCAAACUCCAAAAAGGUCUCUAAGAAGGGAAGCAAAGACACGGCUGACCAGGAUGGCUCGCCCGUCGAUGGCAGCGUCCCCCUGGACCCAGCGUCCGAGUCUGCGGGCCCAUCGACGAGCAACGCCAACGGACGGUCUGCUGGUAACGGGAAUACGUCUGGAGCAUCCGUCUCGCGGGCUCCAACGAAAUACGUCUCAAAGGGAGCAGCUGACAAGGCCGUCACAGCGAAUGGCUCGUCCCAAUCGACUCCUCUGGCCAUCCCACAGGGCCAGGAUGGCCAGGGAAAUUCACCUUCACACUCUCCAAACCCUCCUGCGUCGUCGCUCCCCCGCCAGCCCGCUCCCUUGGAUAUACCGGCGACGCAGACAAUCCUCUCCACCUCGGCGUCAGCCAGCGGACCUACGCCAUCGAGUGGACUCGCCGACGCUUCUUCUAAAUUAGCCCCUCGCACUCUAGACAUAGACGACAUGAUCGCACGACUCCUCGACGUUGGCUACUCGGGCAAGGUCUCAAAAUCUGUAUGCCUCAAGAAUACGGAAAUCACCUCAUUGUGCCUCGCUGCUCGAGAGGUUUUCCUCUCGCAACCGACACUCAUCGAGUUGUCACCACCGGUCAAAAUCGUCGGUGACGUCCACGGACAGUAUUCCGACCUAAUCCGCCUCUUUGAGAUGUGCGGGUUCCCACCUCAAUCCAACUAUCUCUUCCUGGGAGAUUAUGUUGAUCGAGGCAAGCAGAGUCUGGAGACCAUUCUCCUUCUCCUCUGUUACAAAGUCAAAUUCCCCGAAAACUUUUUCCUCCUUCGUGGAAAUCAUGAAUGUGCCAACGUCACUCGAGUAUAUGGCUUCUAUGACGAAUGCAAACGGCGGUGCAGCAUCAAGAUAUGGAAGACGUUUAUAGACGUGUUCAACUGCCUUCCUAUCGCGUCUAUUGUCGCGUCCAAGAUCUUUUGUGUUCACGGAGGGCUGUCACCCAACCUCCAGUCUAUGGACGACAUUAAACGGAUCGCUCGGCCGACCGACGUCCCAGACUAUGGUCUCCUCAACGACCUCUUGUGGUCAGAUCCAUCCGAAACUGCCGUAGAUUGGGAGGACAACGAGCGAGGCGUGAGCUAUUGUUUCGGCAAGAGCGUCAUCAACGACUUUCUCGCCAAGUGGGAUAUGGACCUCGUUUGUCGUGCACACAUGGUUGUGGAAGAUGGUUAUGAGUUCUGGAACGAUCGGACUUUGGUCACCGUGUUCAGCGCGCCAAACUACUGUGGAGAAUUCGAUAAUUAUGGCGCCUGUAUGAGCGUUUCUGAGGAUCUCCUCUGUGCAUUCGAACUUCUGAAGCCGCUGGAUCCUGCCGUCGUCAAGAAGGAGCUCAGUAAAGCCAAACGAAAGAGGCGGGUCUUUCCCCAACAAGCGCAAGCAGCUUUGGGCUCCACGCCGUCCUCGACAUGA